AGUCGCAAGCAGUGAGCGCAGUGGGUGGGGCCCGCCGGUGCGGGUGGCGGCGCUGCGCUGACUGGCUGGGCCGGGCGGCUGCGGCGUAGGCUGCAGAGGCCAGUGAGGCGUGGACUCGGUGACCGGCGGGCCGCUGUGCCCUCGAGCAGCUUCUUCGAACGACCCUGCACUCCCUGCCUGCAGUCCCUGGGCAACAGUGGGCCGUGACUCUUAGGGAGCCAGUAAGCUGCGUCGGGCUCACCUCCUGAGCGGCGGCGCUAUCAUACAGGUUAGAUUGGGCGCAGGGGCGGGUGCGGGAGCAGCCCAAGGCCAGAGAAAGAGCCCGAGUCAGGCCAUCUCCAACUAUGUCCGACGAGGCGUCGGCCACCACUUCCUACGAGAAGUUUCUAACCCCCGAAGAACCUUUCCCACUCCUGGGACCCCCUCGCGGAGUGGGCACCUGUCACAGCGAGGAGCCGGGCUGCCUGGACAUCAGCGAUUUCGGCUGCCAGCUCUCCUCCUGCCAUCGCACCGACCCGCUCCACCGCUUCCAUACCAACAGGUGGAACCUAACUUCUUGUGGAACAAGUGUUGCCAGCUCAGAAUGCAGUGAGGAACUGUUUUCAUCAGUUUCUGUUGGAGAUCAAGAUGAUUGCUAUUCUCUGUUAGACGAUCAAGAAUUCACUUCUUUUGAUUUGUUCCCUGAGGGCAGUGUCUGCAGUGAUGUCUCUUCUUCUAUCAGCACUUACUGGGAUUGGUCAGAUAGUGAGUUCGAAUGGCAGUUGCCAGGCAGUGACAUUGCCAGUGGGAGUGAUGUACUUUCUGAUGUCAUACCAAGUAUACCAAGUUCACCUUGCCUGCUUCCUAAAAAGAAAAACAAGCACCAGAAUUUAGAUGAGCUUCCUUGGAGUGCAAUGACAAAUGAUGAGCAGGUGGAAUAUAUUGAGUAUCUGAGUCGUAAAGUCAGUACUGAGAUGGGUCUUCGGGAGCAACUUGAUAUUAUUAAAAUCAUUGAUCCUUCUGCUCAAAUCUCCCCUACAGACAGUGAGUUUAUUAUUGAACUUAACUGUCUCACAGAUGAAAAACUAAAGCAGGUCAGAAAUUAUAUCAAGGAGCAUAGCCUUCGCCAGCGGCCUGCAAGAGAGGCCUGGAAGAGAAGCAACUUUAGUUGUACAAGCACCAGUGGAGUGAGUGGUGCCAGUGCCAGUGCCAGCAGUAGCAGUGCCAGCAUGGUCAGCUCUGCUAGCAGCAGUGGGUCCAGUGUUGGAAACUCUGCUUCAAACUCCAGUGCCAACAUGAGUCGAGCACACAGUGACAGCAACCUGUCUGCAAGUGCAGCAGAGCGGAUUCGGGAUUCAAAAAAGCGAUCCAAGCAGCGGAAGUUACAGCAGAAAGCCUUCCGCAAGAGGCAGCUGAAGGAACAGAGGCAGGCCCGGAAGGAGAGGCUCAGUGGGCUCUUUCUCAAUGAAGAGGUGCUGUCCUUGAAAGUGACUGAGGAAGACCAUGAAGCAGAUGUGGAUGUUUUGAUGUAAUAAGAAUAAAUUUAUCUCCGUUCUUUCUAAGCAUUAUUCUAUCCUUAUUGGUUUACAUGCAUCUUGACCAAAAUUUUGGUUAGGGCUGUGCUGAUGUACCAUUAAUUAUUUAGGCCAGUGGUUCUCAGAGGACCUGCAACUUCAGCCUCACAUGAAAAAUUGUUAGGAGUGUGCACUCUUGGGACCCACUCUAAACCUAGUGAAUCAGAAACACCAGGGGAGGGACCCAGCAUUUGUAUGUUAACCAGUGUCAGGUUAUUCUGAUGCACAAUCUGGCUUAAGAACUACUAGUUUAAGUAAAUGUUUUGGCUGUUGAAACUUUAUGGUGAUUAAGUGGGCGUUUUAAAAGACUAGUACUUCUACAGUUUAGGAGAUAUUCAAGGUACUGCUGACAUAUAAUUUAUUGUGUCAGUAUGUGUGUGUGUGUGUGUAGAGAUCAUAAUUCAGUUCUCUUCUUAAUGUUACAGUUUCUUAGUUUGCUUUUUCUAAAGGGCCAUAGAAUAAUUCUCACCUGGUAGAAAUCUUUCUUGAGGUAGAGAUUAGGGUUAUAUGUGUGCAAGGUAUGGAUUGCUAUUUACAAUAGUGCCUUCAUUAGGUUUAGUUCUGUUUUCAUUCAUUAUUAAUUCUGUGGUAUAAGAACAGGUAAUAAUCUUUUUUCAGUUCGAUUUUUUAAAAUUUAUAUAAAAUCACUCCCUUCUGGAAGUGAUGACUACUGAGAAAAUAACAUUAGUAGUUGAUAAAUUUUAGACUUGAUGCUGUGUUGAUUACUAUUCAAAUAGAGGAAUCAUUUAGGCAAAACAAUUCUACUUUUCCAUUUCUUUCUGAAAUUUUAGGCUAUAAAUUAUCUCAAAGACAGAAAAUUUAAAUCUCUCUCCCUCCUUCUCUCCCUCUGUCUCCCUCAUUCUUUUUGAAGAUCAUUUUGUAUCCAACACAGCUUUAAUUUUUAAAUAUUUGGUAUAACAAGUUUAGGGAUGUGAACAGUUUAAUGUUCAAAAUUAACUGAUGACACCCCUUAGCAUUCUGCUAAACUGCUCUGUAAAUUGCUCUAAGAAUACAGAGCAGUGAGAGAUACAGAAGACCUUAGCUGAUGAGUUAUUGAUGAAACUCUGAAUUUAAAUGUGAAAUUGUGGAGUUUCUUUAAAUGUUUUUAGUUUGUUAAUUUAGAAAUAUAGUGAUUCCUUUUCUUCUACCACAUGUCUUUGAACAUUCACAUAGGUUAAAUAAGAUGUAAUUGAUACUACUGACAAUCAAGCUGCUUUCUGACAUUCAUAAUUUUCUUUUUAUUAUGGGAUAACAUUAAGGAGGUACUCAUAGUUCUGUAGAAAGAGUCGUAAUCAAUACUUUUUAAAAUUCUAGAGUCCAGAAGUUACUUUUUAUAAACAUUAGCUUGUUAAAAAUAUUAACAGUUUAAACUUUUAUUUGAUAGAUUUAAAGCUUGCUUACAAUCAAGUAUUUGGAAAUUUUGAUUUCAUUUCAGUUCCUUGAAGGUUUAAGGACUGAAACUGAGGAUAAAAAUACAUUGCAGCUUUGCCGAGGUUUGUGGUAUGAUUGUAACCUUUUGAAGACUAUUAAAUCCAGAAUUUAAAAUUUUACUAAAAUAAAAGCAUAUGUAUUUAUGUUUUUCAGCUGGAGUAGGCUUUUUGACUUUCCUUCUAUCCCCUCCUUGCUACUCCUGGCCAGCUCAGAGGGCUGAAAAGAGUUUGGGAUAGACUCAGAGGAAGUCAGAAAGGAUCAACCCAGUUUUCCCUUUUAAAUAUAGCAAGAAUGAAGGGAGAGAAGAAAAGAUACAUCUGAAUUCUCUACCUACUUUUAGAAAAAGCAAAAUCCUGCAGAAUGACUGCCUCUUCUCUUUAUCUAGUCUUCAGGUAAAAUAGGCCACAUUUGGAGACUGCAGUGUAGCAUUUUUAUCUCUCACAAACGUGGAAACUGUUUACUUGACAGUGAUCACUAAAAGGAAAUCCUAAACAGGAUCAUGAUGUACUGUAAUUUAAAACCAACUCCUCUAUUCUCCCAACAAUCACAUAGUCUUAUUACCUUAGAUUUAACUUAAGUCUCUAUUGAAUAAGUUUACCAAAGUGCCACAAAGCGGAUUUUGAAGUUGGUAAAGGUUCUGUCAUUCAUAGAAGUGCAUCAUGAAAUUUUGUGUAAAUUUGGGGUCCACUAUCUUUAUAGUUCUAUAAAUUAGAGCCAGCCUAUAAAACUGAUUUGGAGGAGAUUAAAAAAUUCUUUUGGUUAAAAGAAUAAAAUCAAACAACUUGGGCUUGCUUAUGCUCUAAGAGAGAGAUUUAAGUCUUUAUCCCUCUAGCAAAGAAACUAGCACAAAAACAAAUAAAAACAUCUUUUUUCUUCUGCUGUGAUUUUUAUGUGUAUUGAUACCUCAUGUAGAUAAUUCAAGUUUAAAUGAUAAUUUUUGGACUAAGUACUAAUUUAUUCAGUCUGAUAUCUCUCUGAGUUCCAUUUGAAACAAAUCCAACUCAGUAUUUUUUCUUCUUAGAUACAAACCCAAAAUUAACCAAUUAAUGAAAAGGCAAGAGUUAUUUGUUCUGUGUUGAUUCCCAUCUGUAUAGAACUAACAUUGGGGCAAAUAAGUCUCUUCUUUAAAACUAAACCUUAUUAACUGAAAUCAUGAUAAAGUCCCCAUAGUUUUAUCUAGAGACCUUUUACUACAGGUCUUUUAAUAGUAUGUCAGUCCCUACCACAGCUUUUAAAAGUAUGAACCUCAAGUUAAACAAACUGGCAUGUAUUUUUCUACAGUUUUGCAACUGAUUAAAGGAAGGCAGUGUACUAUAAUGUGUACUGGGGUGUAUAUAAAGGGCUAGUUUGUUGGAUCUCAACAAGAACUUAAAGUAACAGUAAUACUUUUUUUAAAAAAUGAAACUUGUUAAAUGACAGCCAUUUAGUCCAGUUCAUUUGUCCCUUGGGUAAAUUUGACACUGCUAAAUUAAUCCCAAAACUGACAUAUAAACAGUGACUCUUUAUAGAUUGGGUGGACACCUCAUUUCAUUUAGCUUUUAAAAGUGCUAAAUUCCUUUCUAAAGGAUAAAUUACAAGAAACUAUUAUAUAAAGGUAUCUAGAUUCUGGUGAGCUUUAAUAAUUGUGAAAUUUAUCAGAUACCUUUGUAUUUAAGCCAAAAAUGUUAGUACAUAAACAGUGUAGAAGUUUGGUUUGUUUUGUGUUUUCUAGUAGACUCUUUGUUCAUGGUUUACUCUUUGUAGCCUCAUGUGCCUUAAUGGUGGUGAACUCUGUACUUUUUUUGUGAUUAUCAGGCUUUUCAAAACUCAAAAAUAAUCAUUAUGGUAUAAUUUGUUUUGUAGAAUGCCUAUGGUGUUUGGAUAUAAGUAAACAAAACCAUUAAAUUAAGAGUAAUAGAGUAUAGAUCAAAAGAAAAACCUUCAGACCUUGAAUUUCAUUUGCAUACCAUUGCUUUAAAAAUCUUUUAGCUCCUCAGGCUUCAAGAAGAUGCUUGUUUGGAAUUGAUGGGGGGCUACUUAAAGUCACUUUAUAGCUUGGGAUAUUUGAUAGUAAAAUUUCCAAUUGCAUUAAAUAGUACUGUUGAUGUUGAGUACACUGGCACUCAACAUGUCUAAUUAGAGGUAAAUUUAAUCCUGAAAAGAACUAUUAGGAAAUAUUUGUCUACACAUGUAUUGUUGUAACUUUGGAUUAGUUUUAAGUCAAAUAAGCUAAGAUAAAUUUUAUCUUAAAAAUGAAGAUAUAGUAAAAGUGGGUAAGAACCACCCAAGAGAUAUUUUGAGCUAGGCAUCUCUGUUAGCAUAGGUAUCUGGAACAUAUUCCUUUAGAGUCUUUGUCUUAUUUCUUUGGAAAAUAAUUUACUUAUUUGAAAAAGCAUAAAAGUACCUUCUAACUGGCUAUUAAGAGUAAGGAAGUUGCAUGGUUUAGCUGAAGAUCUGAAUUGACUGAGUAAAAUUUUAUUUUCAUUUUUUAAAUAUUAAAAGUGUUGUAUUUGUUUUCAGCUCCCUCUCUAUCUUUUAAAGUAAGGUUAAAUGACACUUUAAUUUAAUGUUCAUUUCAAACUCAGAAACAUUGGUUGGUCUUCACUGAAUUCAAUAAUACUUUUUCUUUAUUGUCAAGUUCUGUUAAAACUUUGUUGUUAGUGGAGCCUGUGGAAAUGUGUGUUUUUUUUGUGGUGAGGGAUAGGGGUGAAAAAGGGAAAAUUGCUUAAUUAUGCAUAUACAUUUUGUCUAUGUAAAGGAAAUCAUAAAAUUAACCUAUAAAUGACAAGUUAAUGCUUACUAUUCUGAAUUGUUUCAAGAAACAGUGGCCUGUAGCCAUAACUUGUUUUGUAGAGCUGCUUACUCUUACAGAAGUGACCUGUUGGAUUAAAAUUGAGACUUUGGAAUUAGGUUAUCUAGCUGAGGCUUUUAAGAAUGGAGUGAAUAAUGUCUGUUCAUGUAGUGGGUGAAUUUAAUUUCCUGUGUACUUUUAUUUACAUAUAAAUACUAUCCAUUCUAAAUCUUUGUGUUGGAAAUCUAAUAGGACUGUUGUCAAGAGAUACUAACUAUAAACAUGAGUAUAAGUAAAACAUUUCAAAGAUGGUUAAAAAUUUCAAAUCAUAGGUUUUUUGUGUUUGUUUUUAGUUUUAAAGAUUAGUUAUGUAGCAUCAAUAUCAUAACCAAAGCAAGUAGGAAGUUGAGUGGUUUGGAGAAUCUUCAAAUAGUCUUUAAUACUGUAAUAUAUCAGAUCAUUAACCAGGAUUGUUCCUGUAUUCCUGCUAAAUGUAUUACUAUAUUAAUGCACUUUUGUAUAUAUAACUGUCUUCUGUACAUUCUGUACUUAAAGUGUAUAUAAAGCCUGUUUUUCCUGAAUUUGUGAGGGAAUAACAAUAGUUGCAACACAGUUUCUUUGUAUUUUGAGUUCCUUCUUGUACUUGAAAGUAGUUGUUAAAUCUAUGUAUGUAUGGUUGUAAUUAAAACUGGCUAUGUGGCAGAGCUGUCUUUUGAACUGAAUAUCAGAAUGAGAAGUGUCAUUUUAGUUAUUAAGAAUUCUUAUAAUAGCAUCCUUUUUAUUGUUCUUUUGAUGUACCUUGGGUCUCUAUAAACCCUACUGCUGUUUAUUUCUUUAUACUUCUUAAUCAGCUCCUUUCAUACUUCAUCCUAGACCAUUCACCAACAGAGAAAAAUAAACCUCUUUUCUUUUGCUCAGUUUGGUUAAGGCUCCAUAAACUGUUGUGCUUUUUUGUUUGUUUUGCUUUGUUUUGUUUUUUGAGAGCCUCAGUUCCCAUAUGUCAUUGGCAAAACAUUUUUUCUGAAGAGAUAAGAUUUCAAGACAUUUGCAUUCAUAAUAACUCUAAACUAGGCAUUAUUUUUGUUGACAAAAAGAAUUUAUUUCCUUAAGAUUCCUUAAAGACUGCUUUAAAAUCUUUUUAAAUUAUGACUUUAUGAAAGAAAUAUCUGGCAGCUUAAUGGAUACAGGAUCAGUUCAGCUUUUCAGCAGCAACUUUAUCUCUUGCCACCAGAGGGAGGUCUGUGGUUGUUCUCCCCUUUGAGAAAGGUCUUAGCUGCUUUUGUUUUUAAUUUCAGAAGGUGGCAUAGAUCUUUUUCUCAAAAUUCCUUUUGUGGUAUUAAAUACUUUCAUUUAAUAGUCAAAGGUAAGUUAAUUAAGCUUGUUUAAUGAAGCCAGUCUUAUGCUUUUCUGUAUUCUUCAAUUUUUAAUAAAUGUAAGUUAGAUAUUAAGUGAAA